GCCAGGCAAACAAUGCGCGGAGAGCGGCGGAGACUCCGAAGGGUGCUCGACCUCCAGCGGGAACGCGCCUCACUCCACGCGCGGGGACGCGCUUCGCUUCUAAGAGGGCAAAGGCGAUGGUGGGCGAGGGGAUCUCGCUGUAAAGCGGCCGGAUUUCCCCCCAAAGACGCCCCUCAUUAAGCUUGCGAGGAUGAAGUACAAGUUAUUUGGAUGGAUGCUUUUCAAAAGUGGGGGCCAAGAUGUGUGGUGGAGGACAUUGGCAAGUGGACAGCAACUGGGGGAGAAAGCGCAUGCGAAUGAGAGCGAUGAAAAACCAACUGUGUGAUCAUUGAAAAUUCCACUAAGAUCCUUAACAGACGACUGCUCACAUAUUUAAAACAUGUUUUCUACAUCCAGAAGGAAUCUUAUGGCAAGAGCCCUAUAUGAUAAUGUCCCAGAAUGUGCAGAAGAGCUUGCCUUCCGCAAAGGUGACAUUUUGACAGUGAUUGAACAGAACACUGAAGGACUGGAAGGAUGGUGGCUAUGUUCUUUACAUGGACGGCAAGGUAUUGUUCCGGGAAACCGUGUCAAGCUUCUGAUAGGCCCUGUGCCAGAGAGCCCACCCAGCCAAGACUUGUCAAAUUCAGGAUCCGUUCACCAGCCCUUUAACCAGCAAAAGGUUUACCAAGUGCCAAGUGCGCAUUCUUCACCUCGGGAUCCCGUCUAUCAAGUGCCUCCUUCCUGCACGAAUCAGGGAAUCUACCAGGUCCCCACGGGCCAUGGUCUUCAGGGGCAUGACGUUUACCAAGUGCCUCCAUCUGGGCAGAGGGGUUUUGGUGCAGUAGAAGGCUCUCCAACAAGCAACAAGGUAAUAACUCCAGUCAGGUCAGGACAAGGUUAUGUUUAUGAGUUCCCUACCAAAUACCAGAAGGAUACCUAUGAUAUCCCACCAGCUCGUCCUCUCCAAGGGAUCUAUGAUGUCCCCCCUGUGUCCUUUAAAGCUGCUGGGCAAGCAGCUCAAACAAGUGAUGUGAAAUCUCAAGGGGUCUACGAUGUUCCUUCUCUAAAAGGGACCUAUGCCAUUCCCCCUUCGGCAUGUAAAGAUGAUUCCAGAGAAUGCUCACCAGAUUCAGGAGCUUGCGUAAAGCAUGAAAAAAGACCGGAGGGUGUGUAUGAUGUCCCUCCCCCCACACCCAAAGCAGCUACAAAAGAACCCGGGCAAAAAUGUUGUUGCAAUCCACCCAUCUCUUCUAACCUAUCACCACAUCCCCAAGAUGUCUAUGAUGUCCCUGUGAGCCACCAAACUCAGUUUGUGGGACAGCUGAUUGCUCCCCAGAGUGAUGUCUAUGACACUCCCAGAGGAGUCCCGUUCCCUGUGCAGCCCUUGGAAUUUGGAGACAGUCUAAAUCCUGAAUCAAAAGAAGGUGUGUAUGAUGUACCUCCACAGGUCAGUCAGGACACUAAAAAAAUGCAGGAUGUGACUGAUGGGAUGAACAGGUUGUCUUUCUCUAGUACGGGGAGCACAAGGAGCAAUAUGUCCACAUCUUCCACCACCUCAAAGGAAUCAUCAUUUUCAUCCACUCCUUCUCAAGACAAACGAUUAGCACUGGAUCCUGACACAGCCAUAGAAAGACUUUACUGGCACCAGAACACAGUGGAGACCACUGUCUCCAGUUUAAUGGCCCUUGUCACCCCUGAAUGGCGGUCUUACGAGUACAUGGAAAAGCACAUCAACAAGAUCCACACUGCUAUUGACAAGGUGGAGCAAUCACUAGUUGAUUAUCUUCAUUUUGCGAAAGGGGCAACAGCCAAUGCUUCCUUCCUUUCAGAACUCAGCCUCCACAGUAAGCUGAGGAGGGAACUGCAGAGACUGGAAGAUUCCUAUCAGAUUUUGACCCAGACUAGCCAAGACCUCAAUAACUGCAGCUGGUCCUUGAAUGUCCUGGCCCGCAACAAGCCCCAGAACAAAUGUGAUGACCUGGAUCGAUUUGUGAUGGUGGCACGGACAAUACCGGAUGAUGCUAAACAAGUGACCACCAGCAUCGGUAUCAAUGCUGAGGUGCUCUUCAAGGAAGGGCCUAGCAGCUCCUACACAAAGAAUACUUCCGAAAGCAUGGGGCCAGCUGUGGAUUAUGUGUAUGACAAUCCUCAGGCCCUGAUGUCUCAGCCUGGAAACAAGAGCCAGGACAACUGCACUUCUUUGCCUCCACUUCUUUCUAAAGGCCAACAUUACCAAUGCAACAGCAGCGAUGGUUCAGAAAAGAGCUGGAUGGACGAUUAUGAUUAUGUGCACUUGCAGGGGAAGGAAGAAUUUGAAAGGCAACAGAAGGAGCUGCUAGAAAAGGAAAAUAUCAUCAAACAGAACAAGAUGCAACUGGAGCAUCAUCAGCUGAAUCAGUUCCAGUGGCUGGAACAAGAAAUCACAAAACCUGUGGAAAACGACAUCUCAAAGUGGAAGCCACCUCAAAGCCUUCACCCUGUGAACAGCCUGGUAGCCUCCCAAGAAAGGCAGUUACUCUUAUUUUAUUCGGACCAAUGUGAGACUCAUUUCAUUUCCCUCUUAAACGCCAUUGAUGCCUUCUUCAGCUGCAUUAGUGCCGCUCAGCCACCAAGGAUCUUUGUUGCCCAUAGCAAGUUUGUCAUCUUGAGUGCCCAUAAACUGGUAUUCAUUGGGGACACUCUGAGCCGGCAGUUAACAGCUCAGGAAAUACGCAAUAGCAUCAUGAACUCCAGCAACCAGCUUUGUGAAUUGCUUAAAAGCAUUGUCAUGUCCACCAAGGUGGCAGCCUUGAAUUAUCCAAGCACAUCGUCCCUCCAAGACAUGGUAGACCGCGUGACUGAACUUUCCCACUAUGCACAGUUGUUUAAAUGUUCCUUGGCACACAUGGCCUCUUAGUGAGGUGUGCAAAAUGGACUCCAACCCUAUGGGGAAAAAACUAAUGCUUAAGAAAAGAACUGGAAAUGUUUUCUAUAUUGUGUUUUAAAAAAUUAAACGUGAUCAUUUAUUUUUUCCCCUAGAUGUUUUAUAUCAAAUAUUUUAAAUUCAUUUUAUGGAUUAGAAAUUAUAAAAUUUUCUAGCAAUCUCUGUCAUCUCUUUAUCAAGUUAAAAUAUGCAUAUAUAAAUAUGAAAUGAUAUUCUGCACAUAUGUAUAUUUUGUGACAUUCCAUAAAGUUCCUUUAGUAAGCACCUUAACGAAAAUAUCCCAUCAGUUUGGUGUAUAUGUGGCCUGGAGUUUUCAGAAAAUCCAUUAACCGAAUACUACUAUUGCAUUGGGGGAGGGGUUUAUAGUAUGUACAUAUAUAUAUAUACAAUAUAUAUAUUAUUUUAGUUUAAUUAUCCAAACAAUGUUGUAAAAGCUGUGGCAGUUUUUAAAUAUUAUUAUUUUAGUCCCAGUUGCCUUCCCAAAACAAAUCCUACUUGGCAUAGGUUGCUAUUAAAUAAAACUGAACUGACUUAUGCUAA